AUGGAAGAAUUAAAUAAUACUGUAGUGGGUGGAUUCAUCCUUUUUGGGUUAACAGAGAACCCAGAGCUCCAGUUGCCCCUAUUCUUCAUCUUCCUAGGAGUCUAUUUGGUUACAGUUGUGGGAAACAUGGGCAUGAUCAUCUUGAUUCUGUUUAGUUCUCAGCUGCACACACCCAUGUAUUAUUUACUCAGCAGUCUGUCCUUUAUUGAUUGCUGUCAGUCUACUGUCAUUACUCCCAAAAUGCUGGUGAACUUUGUCACUGAGAAGAAUGUCAUCCCCUACCCAGAGUGCAUUGCUCAGUUCUACUUCUUCUGUGCCUUUGCUGUUGGAGAAUGUCACAUGUUGGCUGUAAUGGCAUAUGACCGCUAUGUGGCUAUCUCUAAUCCUUUACGUUACAAUGUAACCAUGUCCUUUCAAGUCUGGGUAUGGAUGGCCACUGGGGUAUAUGGUAUGGGCUUACUUAGUGCCACGGCUCACACUGUCUUCCUGGUAAGAGUAAUUAUCUGUAAGGCUAAUAUAAUAAACCAUUACUUCUGUGAUCUUUUUCCAUUACUAGAGCUUUCCUGCUCUAGCACUUUUAUCAAUGAAGUGCUAGCUCUGUCCUUCAGUGCAUUUAACAUUAUUGCACCAGCUGUGACCAUCCUUAGCUCUUACAUAUUCAUUAUUGUCAGCAUCCUCCGCAUUCAGUCUGCUGGGGGCAGAUAUAAGGCCUUCAGCACCUGUGGCUCCCAUAUCUUGGCUGUUGCUGUCUUCUUUGGUUCUACAGCUUUCAUGUACCUUCAGCCAUCAUCAGUCAGCUCCCUUGGCCAAGGAAAACUGUCAUCUGUGUUUUAUACCAUUGUUGUACCCAUGUUGAAUCCAAUAAUCUACAGUCUCAGAAAUAAAGAUGUCAAAGUUGCCUUCAAAAGGUUACUAAAAAAGAUGUUUCGUCUUAACAAAGAAUGA